AUUUACUUCAAAAGCCAUAUAUUCAAUACCAAAAGUUCAAAGCUUUCGAAAACAAUUAUUGUCAGAUUUAAAUUUUCGUCGAUUGCUGGGAUGGCUACAAAUUGUCCCCUUUGCUUUUGGAUUAUAUUCUAAUUUUUAUUUUCUUGGGGGAUCUGCUAUUGGGUGGUUAUUUGUUCAGAGAAUAUUUUGGGAGGAGACGGUCCCCCUUCGUUGGCCAUUUAUUUUAUUAAUUACUUGCGGCUAUUUUUACACACAAGUUGCAAUGGAAAUAGAACGAUGUUGGCCAGAAAAACGAAAAGUUUGUGUUUUUCAAAGAGUAAAGAAGGAAGAAAAUGGGCAUGUUUUGGAGGGGGAGAAGCAAAAAAUUUAUUAAAAAUUAAUUUU